UUUUUUUCCCUUAUGGGGUCCUGGAAAAGGGAAAACUCAAUUUUAUAAAUAUCUGUGACUGCAAUGAAAAAAACUAAAACUGCAAAAACUCUUGUAUUUCACUUGGUUACUUAUGGUUAUGAUUAGGGCAGGGUGGGGGUUAAGGUUGUCAUAGUUAGCGUUAGCAUUUUUCCCAUAGAAAUGAAUGAGCGGUCCCCGUAAAGAUAUGUUUACCCGACAUGUGUGUUUGUAUGUGUGUUUGUGUGUGUAUGUGUGCAUGUAUCACUAUGGGAGGAACUAACACAAGGCACUGUUAAAAAAAAUAAACAAAAGUAGCAAGGCAAGGAAGUGGCCGCUUCUGACGCGCGGUGCAAACCACUAAGCAGUGAGCUGCUCUCCUCCUGCAGCUCUCAAUGGAAACAUGGCCUCCUCUCAGAUACCCUGGCCCACCCCGAUGAGGGCCAUCGGCGCCCAGAACCUCCUGACAAUGCCGGGUGGAGUGUCGCAGUCCGGAUACCUCCAUAAGAAGGGCGGCAGUCAGUUCAGCCUGAUGAAAUGGCCCCUCCGAUUCAUCAUCCUUCACAAGGGCUGCGUGUAUUACUUUAAGAGCAGUACCUCCCCUUCACCACAGGGGGCGUUCUCCCUCAACGGCUAUAACAGAGUGAUGCGGGCCGCAGAGGAAACCACUGCCAACAAUGUGUUUCCCUUCAAGAUCGUCCACUUCAGCAAGAGGCACCGCACCUGGUACUUCUCUGCAGCCUGUGAAGAUGAGAGAAAGAAAUGGAUGCUCAACCUGCGAAAAGAAAUUGACUUUUAUCAUGACAGAAGAGAUGCCCGUGUCGCAAGCGAUUCUAAUACAGACUUAGACGGCUUCUAUGGGUCCAUAGAGAAGCCCCUCGAGAUAAACUAUACCCCGGACACAGAAGAUGACUACGUCGUAGAGGAUGAGGAGGAGGAGGAUGAGGACUACCUUAAACCAGACGAGGGGCAGAGCAUGACUGGUCACCUCAUGAAACCUCCACCAGCCUACCCACCUCCCCCAGUUCCAUUUCUGCAGCAAACAGACUCUCCACACAGGGCAUCUCCACCACCCCUGGCUCCCACCAAGAAUCUUCCGAACCCUGUACCCAGGAAACCGGCUCCACCCCUCCCCCUACCCAAGCUGCCAAAACCUGAUAUCCUGGUUGAAAAGGACAUUGUCAACAAGGGCCCUCCACCCCCUGUGCCAUUACCCCACCUCAAGCAAAAGCCUAGCCCAGAACCUCACCCCCGGGUGCCUAAAGGCACCACCCCCUGCACAGCCCCACUUAACCCGAAGAAAAAGGGGUCGACUAUGCUUGGCGUCCGCACGGAAACCAAGCCCCCGGUUCCCAUACAAGGCCCCAAGACUCUGCCCAUCUGUGUCAAUCUGGAGAAGAAUUUAUCCCUGGUGGUUGGGCCUAAGCCCUCCCCGCUCAUACCCUUGAUGAUCCCUCUGAACCCCGAGAAGAAGCCCCAGGAGGAGCUGGCAAAGCCAGCCAUGUACAGGCCUUCAUUAGCACCCAAACCUCCACCCAGCGACACCAAAACCAGAGGCCCCUUCCAAAGAUCCUCACCCGAUGGACAGAGUUUUCGCUCCUCCGUGGAUGAAGUGCCGGCACACCUGAGGAAGCAUGAGGAUGACUCAGAUGAGGACUACGAGAACGUUCAAUUGCCAGAUUCGGUGUUCAUUAAAACGACAGAAACCAGCAAUGUUGAAAAGCUAUUUAAAGAAACUAGCAGAUCACCAAAAGAUGGACUCUACUGCAUCAGAAACUCAGGGACAAAGACAUCUAAGGUGCUGGUGGUGUGGGAUGUGGGACUGAACAAAGCCAGGAACUACAGGCUGUUCGAGGAGGAUUCCAGAAUCUUCCUGGAGGCAGAAAUAACAUUCCCAACGCUGGCUGCCCUUGUGGAAUAUUACUACCAUCACCCUCUUCCCAACCACCAAUCCCUUUGCUUGCAGAUACCCUAUGGCUACACCCCCCCUAGGUGACAGGACUCCAUCCCCCAUCUGCUAGUAGAACCUUACCCUGCAUGCCUGCUGAAAGUGGCCCAAGUAUCUGUCGCCUGAGGUGUGAACCAGCAGGGGGCGACAAUGAGACACCUGGGGGAGGACCACCUUUGCAGGAGAUCUAAGAACACAUACACACUAAAGGACGGAAAGAUAUUGGUGGAGACGUGGUCAAAUCUGGACCCAGAGGAGGGAGGGCACAGCCACUGCAGAUGCCUCCAAGACAAAAACUCCAUCACAGAUGUCCACUUGGCAGUCAGCUGUCAGUAACAAAAAUGACACCCCCAGAGUUACAACUGAGACUUUCCCAAACAUCUGGAGAGAUUAUAAAAGACCUUAUUUAUUGUCCAAAUCCUAUUGUGAUAUGUACUGUAUAGAGUAUUGCACUGUACUGGACGUAAAACUCCUUUCAUUGCGGUCACUUGAAUGAAAUUAAUUCGUAAUUGAACUUUUUGAUCUCUUUUUUGAGCGAUCUGCUCUUAAUACACAUAUUUCACUGAAGGAAUUCUGAUCAAGAGCAUAGGCCUACCUGUCUUUGCAACCUGAAGCCCUUUACCCAUAAUUCUAUGUCUUCAACCACUUCACCGCCUGCUGCCCUUACUGGGUCAUUGUGAGGAAAACCCAGAGUAGCAGGGUGGGGCAGCCUAAGUGUCCAUCACCACUUCAGAGCAUCAAAGUUAGUCAUACAUUCAUGUUCACAGAUUGUCCCAAGCCUAUGCUUCGAAAUGUAAAAAAUAUAAAUGUUGUUCAUACCUUAAUUUAUAUAAAAGUAUAUAAAGAAAACUGAGAAACUU